GUAUGCGACCGGAGAUAUUUAUCCGAACACACUGUCCCUCCCAGUAAAACGUCCGGAGAUUUCAGUCUGCAUGCCGCGAAUCUGAAAGAAAGCUAUGUCAAAUUAAAGAAGAAUCUGUUGUUUCUCCACAUCGAUGGAAGAAGAACAGUAUCCGCUGAUGAUCUAAGUAUGGAGCUCUCAUCUUUACUUCAUGACCUUCAUUUAUCAUCCUCAUCCUUUGAGAAGCCCCUCCCCUCCCGCUCCCUUCCUCCAAUCACAGAGCUCCUGUCUCGGCUGCAGGAGAAGCUGAUUAGUGCGUCCACCGACUGUGAAAAAAGCUCUCUGAUUGGUCGUGUGGAAAGGCUCUUCCAAACAGCAGAUCCCCAUUGGCUGUUCCCAGCCAAUCAGGAUAAUGGGUUGGCAGAGCUUCAGGAUGCGUACGGCUCUCUGGUCAACGUUCUGAUUGGCUGUGCAGCUCUGCCGCUCUGUGAGGGCGACUGUGACUCUCUGCCGGCUGCAGCCUAUCAGAGCGUCCCUAGCAGAGCUGGACCAGUAUGCUCCACCCUCACAGCACUGCUGGGAACUUUGGGAAACCGAGGCCGUCAGACUAGUGUGCUGCUUGCUGUAGCUCCAGCUGUGGCUGUGUUUGCUGUCACUCAUUUCCAGGAUCAGGCAUGGACCAGCUGCUCCUCCAGAGCAGCGGCUCAGAGCCUGCAGGAGGCGCUGCUGAGGGCGGGGGGCUGGAGGGACCCCCCCCACCUCCUGAUGGGGGACAGGAGUCAGGGGGAGGAGGGGGAGGAAGGAGGUCAGAACAGAGGAAUUCUGGGAGGAAUCCUGGACAUCCUACAGCAUCAACUGACCAAGGACUCGUGGCAGCGCUGCGAAGCAGUGAAGUUGGUGUUUGCGUGGACGCUCCUGCAGGUGACCCGCCCCUCUCUCACCCCUCACCUGUCCCACCUCCUCCCCCCCUCCCUCCUCCUCAACGACCACUACAGACCAGAGAACUGCAUGCUGGGAGUUCGCUGUCUGCACCACAUCGUGCUCAACACGCCUGCUGCAGAUCUGCGUCAGUUCAACAGAGCAGAAGUUAUCUACCAGGCGUUAUUCAAACACCUGUACACUACAGAGACUGCUGUCAUACAGUCGGUCCUGUCCUGUCUUUUGGACCUGUUGUUGGUUUUGGAGAAGCCUCCCUCCUCUCUCGCCCCCUCUUCCUCCCGCAGGAAGCCCUGUCGCCAUGACGACGUGCUGCGUCUGGUCCUGAGACGCAUGGAGGCGGAGGACAAGGUGGCGCUGCGACGUGUCUACGCCUCCGCUCUGCCUCUGUACAUAGACAGGAUGGCCGUGGCGGUGUGCAGACACCUGCGGCAGGUGGAGCGGGUGGUGGUGGGAUACCUGGAGGUCAGAGAUCCCCCUGAAGAGACGAGCCGACUGAAGAUCCUCGAGGUCCUGCAGAGAACAACCAGAGCAGCCUGGCCACGAAUGGCGUGUCAUGUUGCCGUGUUGCUGCGUUGCCUGUUGAAGUUGCUGGUUGCUGUGUCUUCAGACUGUCAGCUCAGUGACUCGGUGAGACAGAAGCUGAUGAAGGAAACGUCUGUCUGUCUCAAACUGCUGGACGGCUGCUGUCAUGGAGACCUGCAGCCUCUCCUCCAGCAGGUCGACAGCAGCUGCUGCAGCUCUGAGGUGCUCAGUUGCCUAGCGUCAGUAACUGUGACGACAGAGAGGUGAUGUCGAACACCUGGAACAUCUCCCUACUGAAGACGUAAAUCUAUAAAAACAUAAAUAUUGACUUUGAUCAGUAAGUUUCUCAAACGGCUAGUCACUGUAGUUUUUCUCAAACAGGAACUGUGUGUAUAGGACUGCUGCUGCUCUUGUUUCAGGCAACUAUUUUAUAUUAUGGGCUGGAAUGUGUAAAAGUAACAUUUCUUAAUGUUGUUACCAUGACAGCCGUGUGUUUUCUCUUUGUGCAAAUCAAACAAAAAGAGAUAAACAGCAUUGUCCAUUUCAUCACCUGUAUUAUUUGGUAUUGUUAUAUACUUUCUCUCACUCUGCCUGUAUUACUGUUAUGAUUAUUAUUUGUGCUGUUCGACAUGUAAGAACACGAAACUCCUUGUGAUACAGGAAACCAUUUCUGUAAGAGUUAAACGUUCAGUUAAGGAAUUCCGAUCUUUGAUGGAUGAAUCUGACGUUGGUGUGAAGACGUGGCUCCUCCAGUGAUGUCAACAGGAAGUUCCUUUUCUUCGGCGAAUCAGGGAUGUGUACUAGUGAUGUGGUAGUGAUGUUGGCACAGUUAACAACUGAGUGCUCCGGUAUUUAUCCAUUCAGUUCUAGUUCUUCUGAAGAAAAACCUUACAAUCUUAACUAAUAAUCACCGUGAAUCUUCCCCAGUUGACAACUCACAAGUUUUCUGAAAUGUUAUGUUAUAUAUUUAUUAGGUGAAAUAUGCAAAUGAGGCAUUAUAUAAAACGUUUGGUGAAUUUA